AUGUCUCCGUCAAGACGCCCUCAGCCAGUCGGUCUUGACGAACGGACAGAGGCCAAAUUGCUGGCAGCCAAAUAUUCUGUCGACAAAUUUGGUGCGAGGAGAUCUGGUGGAAAUGGAUGGAGCCACAGACAACAUCGGAACGGACAGCAUUUGGCCGAUUCGUUUGCUGGACUGAGUGACGCUGACCUCAGCAAAGAGCUGGCACAUUCCCAAAAGGCAAUGGUAUUAAUAGUGAAAGUGUUUGCUGAAAAGAUUCGAAGGUCGAUUCCACCAGACGACGAUGGCGGAUUCCUCUUGAUCAGCUGUCUACGUCAACAAGAGCGUUCCAGUAAAGUCAAUCGACAGCUGAUCGUCGUCUUUUGGGGGAAUCGACUUUUGAAGCUCUUCACCAAAUCCACUGUCUGA